GUGAUUGGCUAAAAGCUCCCGGAGACAAGUUGCUAUUGAAGUUCCUCAGUGCGCAGAAAGCCCGGCAGGCGCAGGCUGUAAUUGGAGGGUAAAAUGGCGCUGACUUCUCAAGGAACAAAGAAGAAAGUUUGCUAUUAUUAUGACGGCGAUGUUGGGAAUUACUACUAUGGCCAGGGUCAUCCUAUGAAACCCCACAGAAUCCGAAUGACCCACAACCUCCUGCUCAACUAUGGGCUGUAUAGGAAAAUGGAAAUUUAUCGGCCUCAUAAAGCCAAUGCUGAAGAAAUGACCAAGUAUCACAGUGAUGAUUACAUCAAGUUCCUCCGUUCCAUCCGCCCAGACAACAUGUCUGAGUACAGCAAGCAGAUGCAGAGAUUUAAUGUAGGGGAGGAUUGUCCUGUCUUUGACGGUUUAUUUGAGUUCUGUCAGCUCUCAACAGGUGGAUCUGUUGCUGGGGCUGUGAAACUCAACAAACAGCAGACAGACAUUGCCAUUAACUGGGCAGGAGGCCUUCAUCAUGCCAAGAAAUCUGAGGCGUCUGGAUUCUGCUAUGUCAACGACAUCGUGCUCGCCAUUCUGGAGCUGCUCAAGUACCAUCAAAGAGUGCUUUACAUUGACAUUGACAUUCAUCACGGGGAUGGAGUUGAGGAAGCUUUCUACACAACAGACCGUGUCAUGACUGUGUCCUUCCACAAGUAUGGAGAGUAUUUCCCGGGUACUGGAGACCUCAGAGAUAUUGGUGCAGGGAAGGGAAAAUACUACGCAGUGAAUUACCCGCUCAGGGAUGGUAUAGAUGAUGAAUCCUACGAAGCCAUAUUCAAACCUAUCAUGGCCAAAGUGAUGGAGAUGUACCAGCCCAGUGCUGUGGUGCUCCAGUGUGGCGCUGACUCCCUGUCUGGAGAUAGAUUGGGCUGCUUUAACCUCACCAUCAAAGGUCAUGCGAAGUGUGUGGAGUACAUGAAGAGCUUUAACCUGCCCCUGCUCAUGCUGGGAGGUGGAGGCUACACCAUCAGAAACGUGGCCCGCUGCUGGACCUAUGAGACUGCUGUAGCGCUGGACAGCACCAUUCCCAACGAGCUCCCAUACAAUGACUACUUUGAGUAUUUUGGACCUGAUUUCAAGCUUCACAUCAGCCCCUCAAACAUGACCAAUCAGAAUACAAAUGACUAUCUGGAAAAGAUAAAACAGCGUCUGUUUGAGAAUCUGCGGAUGUUGCCUCAUGCUCCAGGGGUUCAGAUGCAGGCGAUCCCAGAGGAUGCUGUUCAGGAGGACAGCGGAGAUGAGGAGGAUGACCCUGACAAACGCAUCUCCAUCCGAGCCCACGACAAGCGGAUAGCCUGUGAUGAGGAGUUCUCAGACUCUGAGGACGAAGGACAGGGCGGCCGGAGAAAUGCAGCAAAUUACAAGAAGCCUAAACGAGUGAAGACUGAAGAAGAGAAGGAUGGAGAAGAGAAGAAAGGUGAGCCAACAGAUGUCAAAGAAGAGGAGAAAGCUUCAGAAGAAAAAAUGGACACAAAGGGGCCAAAAGAGGAAUUAAAAACCGUCUGAGAAAAGGACAUGUGGUCCUCAUGGAUGCAUGAACUUGUCAUACACCCUCCUCCUCUCAAACGUCAAACCCACAUACACAUCCUAGAUGUUAGCUCUAGUCCUGAGCUAAGGACUGUAAAUUAUUUUGUAUGACUCAUUUUACUAUUUGUAAUCUAAUGAAGCGGUAUAAAAGUUUUUACAUUUACAAGUGUGAAAUGACAGAUGUUUCUCUUUCUUUAUUUUCUUGUGCUUUUGAAACCAUGUUUGUUUGCCUCCCACCGGUAAUCCUUAUGUUACUGUUUACCGACAAUAGCACCUCAAACAGGACCAGGAUAGCACAUCUUUUGUUUUUGUUUUUUGUUUUUUUUCUCCCAUCAUGGGAAUCUCGCCUUUUUUUUUUUUUGGUUUGGUUUUGUUUUUUUUUAAUCAUGGAUUGACACACUUAUUGGCCGCUCUUAUUUAGUUUCUCUGUGGAUGCUGUUUGCGAACGGUAUCAUUUACCUCGUUUUUAAGCGUUAAAUGUUUGUUUUUAUUAAGAUGUCUGUCUUGAUGGCUCUGUAUUGAACCCCCUGUCUGGUGGGGCAUGGCAAAGGCUUGCUGUAUUGCUGUUAGAUUCCAGAUUCUUUUCUGUUGUGGUUACGCUAGCACGUCAGUCACACGGCUGACCGGAUAUAGCCGUUUGGAGUUCCAGAGUUCAGUGGUUGUGAAAUGUCCUUAUUAUAAACAAUGACUUUUGGUAAAUAAAAGAGAAAUUCAGGUA